UACCAAUAACUUUCAAAAGAACAAGGAAAGUGAUGACAAAAUAAGCUCCUUUUCAGUAGAAAGCAGUUCCAGUCUGAGAUCUAAGGCAACCCCAUUGCAGAACUGUAAAUGUGAAGAGGACGUCUCUGAAGUGAGCAGUAGCCCAGGUGACGAGGACACAUCCUCAUUCAACAUUGUCUUGCAUGUAGUAGGUGCCAUGGAACAGAGUACUUUCCAGAUUAAGGAAGAGCAAUGUGAUGAGGAAUCUUUCCAGUUUACAGAACAUGCUCUGUAUGUGAAACAGGAGGUCUGUGAAUGGAGGCCAUCUGAUUUUAAAGAUAGAGACUUUGACCAGGAGAUUGUUAGCAUUAAAGGGGAGAGUUCUGAAAAAGAGUCUGUCUGCUUUAGGAAGAACAACUAUGAAACUGUAGGUCACCCCAAGGAAGAUGUGUCUUCAAAAAGUGAUACUGGGGUAAAGAGGUGUCCAGCAGUAAAACAAGAAGUGACUGAUUUAACAUCCAUUGUGCAUACUGAGUGCUUCUCUCAGCAACAUCCUGUGUAUGUCAAGCCUGAGACAUUGGAGUCCGAUGAGCUGCUCAUCCAAGAAAUGUGCUGCAGGAGAGAAGACCAUGAACAUGCACAUUAUGCUUCACGGCCUGGGAAACCAGAUUUACCAGACGAGAGCUCUUCAUUUGCACUGGAUACUCAACAUCAUGAAAAUAUAAAAGAGUCAACAUUUGUGGCCAAAAGUAAGAACUCAAAAGCUUUGCCCUAUAACAAGAAACCCUCAAGUGUAGAGGGUUUACAGAACCUCAGGAGAAUUCGAACAGGAAUUGGCACAGUCCAUUUAACAAGCGACCCAAAUGUUCACGUUAGAGGGACUCUACAUUGCUGUUCUGUAUGUGGCAAACAGUUCUCACGUUUAAGCAGUUUUCAGGUACACAUGAGAAUUCACACUGGAGAGAAGCCACAUUGCUGCUCGGAAUGUGGAAAGCAGUUUUCAACUAUAAGCAAUCUUCAAGCGCAUAAGAGAAUUCACACUGGAGAGAAACCGCAUUCCUGUUCUGAAUGUGGUAAACAAUUUUCACAACUUGGGCAUCUUCAAACACACAUUCGAAUUCACACAGGUGAGAAGCCAUAUUGCUGCUCAGCUUGUGACAAACGAUUUUCACACAAAAGCAGCCUUAAAACACACUUACUGAUUCACACUGGGGAGAAGCCACAUUGCUGCUUUGAAUGUGGCAAACAAUUCUCACAGCUCAGCCGCCUUAAAGCACAUGCACCAGUUCACACUGGACAAAAGCCACAUUGCUGUUCGGAAUGUGGCAAGCAAUUCUCACAGCUUGGUUCUCUUCAAAAGCACACAAUAAUUCACAGCUUAAAGAAAACAUAUUGCUGUUCUGAAUGUGGUAAAGGGUUUUCCUACAUUAGCAGUCUUAAGACACACACAAGAAUUCACACAGGCGAGAAACCACAUUGGUGUUCGGCAUGCGGCAAACGAUUUUCACACAUAAGCAGUCUUAAAUCACACACAAGAAUUCAUACUGGGGAGAAACCACAUUGCUGCAGUGAGUGUGGCAAACGUUUCACACAAGUUGGCCAUCUUCAAAAACACAUGAGAACGCACACAGGAGAGAAACCACAUUGCUGUUCUGAUUGUGGCAAACAAUUCACACAUACAAGCAGUCUUCAGAGACACAUGGGAAUUCACAGAAAAGCAGUACAAAAAAUAUCAUGACCAAAAAGCAUAGUUUGCACUUAUUGUGAUGGAGCACAGAUAAACUCAUAUGGAGAUAUUAAUCCCUAAGAGGUAAACGGGACAUGUUUAAAACAGGUGUAUGACUACGAUUGAAAAGACAAUGGCCAGUACUCUUGUUUCAACCAAAUGUGGACCAAGACCUGAAGCAAGAACAAGCAAUCGGAGUUUGAUCAUGGCUACGUUAAAUGUUAGACAGUGAACAAGGUUGUUCACAGAACCCAAAACCAGUAAGUUCAGAAGAGGUGAACUGGAAAUGGUCAUAAUACUUUGUUUUGAUAACUAAGAGCCGGCAUGCUCAACCACACAUAAAGAAUCUAACAUCCCAUUUCUAAGAGACAGUGGGACCACAGCAUUGGACAAAAUGACAGCAGAAGGAGGGUGGACAGAUUGUGUGGCAAGGAAACAAUCUGACUUCUGAAUUCCAAGUUGCGGACUGGCAUGUGGUUCAGGGUUUGUUUCUACUUUGCACUUGAAGUUGCCAGCAUAGGCUUGAAGUAAAUGGGUUCAGUAAAAGAGAGGAUGAAUUCCAGGUCAACGCUUAGAAGAGAAGAGAUAGAAAAUCAAACAAAAAUGUCAUAGAUAUAGUCGGUAAGGAUGCUGUCUGUUGAAAACAGGACUAGAGAAAAUCCAUACCACUUUAACUUUUAAGGCCUGCUUAAGAUUGCCUUUCAUAUUAGUUUGCUGAAUAAGGCUUAGCAAAUGGAAAAUGUGAGUAUUAUGUAGCGUUCAUGCAACCAAAGUAAAAGAGAAAAAGGAGAGCAGGACAAAAAGGAAGCCAUGAAUUAUUAGUAAGGCUGAUUCAUGUUAUGGCACUGCACAAAUAAUAAUUAUAAUAAUACAUGUUAUUUAUAUAGCGGCUUUUCCAUGUUCGAGGUGCUUAUAUUUCCAAAUGGACACAGUAGUGCUGUAAGAAGCCCCAUAUGUCAGAUCAUUCUUAUAGUGUUUGAACAAACACAUCAGCUUUCAAACAAGAGAGCCCUCCACUAAUAUUGACACCCUUGUUAAAUAAAAGCUAUAUGUGUUGUCUUUACUGUUUAUUCUCUCGAUCUUUCAUUCAAAAUAUUAACAAAAAUAUCUGAUGCUGCCGGGAUAGGUAAGGUCUGCCUUCCCACAAGCUUGAAAUGGAUUAAGUGGGUUUGAGGAUUUACAAUAAUAAACAAAAUAAAGUUAGGGAAACAACAGCCAAAUAAAUGCAAAAAAUAUAUAGGGUAGCUAAUGUAGCCUUUCCAAACAUUAAAAUCUACAAUCCCGUAAUACAAUCCCGUAAUAAACCAUUCACAAGACUUAGACGUGAUAGAGCAGACAAACUUAGCGGACACAAAUAAAGUUAUUUAGCAGAACUUCCCGUACAUUUCUCCGAUCCAGGCAUCUGAAUUUUAAACAAAUAGGGAUAAAAUUGAUUGGAUGACAGAAACGCCCAAAAGAAUCUUGAACCAUUGGACCAAGUAUUUAAAGUAUUUUCCCCCGUGACCUCUACAUCUGUAGAUGGGGUAAUUAAAAACAACAUUCUAAAUUAGUCUAGCAAUUUGAGUCUGACGGUCGAUCAAAUUUCAGUUUUACAAAAAGGGCUAACCUUCACGCCCAUCCCACCAGUUAGAGUCCAGAGGGAAAAUAUUAAAAUGAAAAUUUUUGACUAUCACCGGAGACUAAAAUUAGCCACUUUCUUUGAGAAUGAGACAAAUUUAGAAAACACUCCUUUUUUGCCUUAAAUCAGAUUGUCAGCUUAAUAUAGAACAAGUCCCGCUGGAAGUAGCGAGAUAAUCGAGAAGGACAAAAGACAGAUCCAGGAAAUAGUAAAUGAAAAUCACAAUUUACCGUACAAUCCAAUGAAAGGUGAGGGGAGAGGCCCUGAGAGAAUAGCAAAAUAUAACUGAAAUAAUAAUCAAAUCAGUGGAUAAGGGCAGUGCAAUCAUGAUUCAGACCAGGCAAGAUUACAUUUUUGAUGCUCUUGGACAACUAAGCAAUACGGAACACUAUCCAAAAUUAGACAUCCUGACUUUUCCAGGAACGGCCCAAAUAAUUACGCAAACCGUACAGGGACUAGUCAAAAACAGUUUCAUCAAUUAAAAACAGGUGGAGUUUCUAAUGCAUCCCCCAGCUCCUUAAAAAAGGAAAUUUUAUUUACUGCUGAAAGGAUCCCAACAUGUGGACAAUUCCGCACAAAAUUCCACCGGGCAGACCGAUAGUAUUAGACUGUUUAGUGAAUCAUACAACGUGGCCCAAUGCAUAGAUUAUUUUCUCUACUCACUCUCAACCCGGCAUCCGAGCUACGUAAAAGACAUGUAUGACUUAAUUGACAAGGUCAAAUUGCUUAAAAUCCUGGAAAAUGUGAUGUUGUUCACAAAUGAUAUUGAUAGCUUGUAUGCUAAUAUCGAAACAUAUAGAGGAUUCUAGGCAGUCCAAAAAUGGUUUGAGAAAUACCCGGACCUGAUCAGACCAGACAGGGAUUUAUUAUGCUUUUUAGUGCUUAGUCUGACCAGGAAUGACUUUGAAUUCAAUUCUGAACAUUAUCUACAGAUCGAAGGCGCCGCUAUGGGUAAAAGAUUUGCUCCGUCGUACGCUAACAUUUAUGUGGCAGAAUGGUAAAAGACAGUGUUUCCAAAAUGUCUGUUCAGACCCAGCAAUUGUAUCCAAUAUUUAGAUGACAUCUAGGUGACGUGGGAACACAGCCAAGAGACGUGCGAAUCGUUUAUAGGGAUCUUAAAUACUCCCCACCCGUCCAUCAAAAUCAAAUAUACUAGAGAUGUCCAGAGUGUUCAUUUGCUGGACACCACAGCCUACAAAGGUCCAGACUUCCCAGAGAAGAGCAAUUUGGAUAUUAGGGUGUAUUUCAAAGAGGCUGAUACACACACGUUAUUACACAAGUGCAGUUACCACCUCCCACACACCUUCCUGAGUCUGAUCAAGUCCCAACUGCUUCGCUUCCAUAUAAUAUGUAGUAAAGCUGAGGAUUUUAACACAGCUAGUAAAAUCUUGUUUAAAGCGUUGAGAAAAAGAGGUUAUGCAAGAUCAUUUUUAAGACGUGGCUUUGGAACUUUUCUGCAGAGCAAACAGGAUAAUGACACACAACAGAUUUUGCCCUUAAUAAGCGCCUACUCUUUGUUCAGUCAAAAGGCGAACUGAGCGGUUAAAAAUAAUUUGCAGGAAGCUCAACAGGCAGACUCCAACUUUCUGACAGGAUAUAGAGUAAUCUCCGCCUUUUGUAAAAAUUCCAGCUUUUAAAACAAGCUAGUCUCGAGUAAAAUCAAAAAUAUGAAAAGAGUCCUGGUCCAACCACAAAAAUACUGGAUUAAAACUAAAAUGAUUCAGAAUGUGAUAACCAAGGUUUCAUGUCUGACACAGCAGGGACAUAACUUAAAUACCAAAAACUGCAUCUAUCCAUUGUAAAUAGUGCCAAAUUAUCUACAUAGGAGAAACAGGGAAUGCCCUUCGGACAAGACAUCACCAGCACAUGCAUAAUAUCAGAAACGGAAAGGAACAGCACACACACUUAGUGCAGCAUUUUUUGUCUCACGACUUACAGUCACUUGCAGUCACCAUAUUUGAACAUAACCCUAAAUGGCUGAGUAAGGGAAAGAAAAGACUUGGAUGAGAACACUCAGUACUGAUUUUCCAACAGGUCUGAACAUAAGUUGAUCUCGGUGACAGCCCAAAACAAAUUAUUGCAGAUGGCCUGUGCCAUGGGGUAUCCAUAGGACUUAAUGCAUUCAGCUCAACUUGUUAGCACUGCUGAUGGUCCCAAUGGGAACCCUGCUUUUCCCUAAAAUGUAACCCUAAGCCUACCCCUAACCCUCCUCCCCCUCUCACUCCUCUUACAUCAGUAGACAAAUGAUUGGUUAUGCUAGAUAUUAAAACAUGGCACCCGCAAUUCACAGAACCUUGUCUCGUUUUUAAUGGAUGUAAAUGUAUAUGAUGUACAGAUUUGUGAGACAUAAGGUGUCCAAACAGAAAUAUUUAAGAAUAUGACAAUAUAAAAUUUGGGUGCUUUCUUACAAAAAUUACAACCAAAUUUUAUUCCGAGAAAAAAUAUUCUUUUAAUUGGAUAUUUAGAUAUUUUACAAUCCAAAUUUGUUAAAAUUAAUUUACCCCCACUAGUCUUAAUUUUUACUAAAACUUUCCCUAAUGCUAAUCUAUAUUUCACACAGAUUCUAUUUACCACAGAUCCGAAAGUGAAUGAGCUCAUAGUCAAAUAUCACAUUAAGGUAUUAUUAUCCCCGAGAAUCUCUCUUAUUAGAGAUUCAGAAGAGCAGUAUAUGUUGACUUUUGAUUCUGCACAGGAAUUGAUGAGAUAUUGGCUGGAGAAAAUGAAUAUUUUUUAAGUAUUUAUUGAUUCUGUCCUUGCCCUUUAUCUUUAUGUUUGUAGAACUGGGCCCUGAGGUUAAAAUAUUAUUUAUACCCCUUUGUUUUGAUUAUUACAGAUCCUGCCCCCACCCUUAAUCCUAAUCUUAAUGUUAGUGAAACUGGGUCCUGAAGUUAAAAUGUAAUCUCACCUCAUGACCCUGAUGUCAAUAUUAUUUCAAACCUUAUACAUUUUUUUAAGAAUUUAAGUCCUACCCCUAUCUCCAUCCCUAAUCUUAACCUCAGGGCCCAGUUUCAUGAAUAUUAAGCUGAAGUCUCACCUCAGGACAAUGAUGUUAAUUUAGUAUUUGAACCCGUGUCCCAUUAGAAAUUAAAGGUCCUGCCCCUAUCCCCAAUUCUAAUCCUAGUAUGUGUCAAAAGCCCUAAUUUUCAUUAGUAUUUAAGGCCCUGAAGUUAAAAAAUAGUUCUCAGGACACUUAUUUUAAACCAUUAUUUAUUUGCUUUUUUACGUUUUUCAGUGCCUGAUAUAACUUGUUUUUAACACUCAAUUACCCUAAUUUUAAUGUCCUUUUAAAGUUCACUAUUGAUAGAGAUUGUAUUCAUUAUUUAUUCCAAUUUUUAGGCAGUUUUAAAUUUGACCAGUAGGGGGUGUCUUGUUUGAACCCUCUAUUUUAGUCACUGUUUUUACUACAAAAAUGACUGGAAUUUAUAGGAAUAUCUAAAUACUAAUCAAUUUUAAUGGGGUUUUAGAGUGUUUUUAUUCACUUAAAAGUAGAGGGUGUAUGUCUCCUUAAAUAAACUUUUGUUUUUGAAAUUAAGUGUGCCAGAGCAUGCAAGUAGUGGCCAUAUCCCCUACCCCUAACCCUACAACACCCUAGUACUACAGUAAUACUUAAUAUUUUAUUUAAUUGCUUUGGGGCUUUGCCUUGAGAUCAAGAUUGUUAAACCCCUAAAUACUUUCUCAGAAGAUUCUGCAAGAGUUGCAACAGUAUAAGUUGUUUGUUGUGGUGACCAGACCUUCACACAGGCCUCCAGAUAUGGGUUCAGUACUGCCACUUUCAGUCUGUGUUUAAAUGUCCCUUGAUUUACAUUCAGCAAUUCUUACAGUGUAACCAAAUAUUUUAUUUGCCUGUCAAACUGAUUUUGCAUUGCCUUGAGGAUGAGAAUGUUAUACUGCCGUAAACCCUUACAGAGUUUCUCAGGUGUUGCUUCCUGUACUUGAACUUGUAUUUAUAAUUGUGUUGUUUUGCCUGCUAGUUGCACUUUUGACUUGUCUAAGUGUAAAAGGUGUUUUCAAGUUCAGGUUGAAAUUUGUUAUGUGCACACAGUACCAUGAGUUUGUCCACUUUGCCCACUUCACCCCCAUUUGGAAUGCUCUCUGCUUGUGUGUACUGUUUAUCUCCUGCCUGUCAUCUAACUUGAAAUGCACAUUUUGUAAUUUACACCUGACACUUGGAGCUUCUAGCUGAAGGAGUAUGCAUGGCAGCAGAGCCAUAUUAAAGGCUUUUUGAAGGUUUAAAUAAAUGUGCUGUAUGCCUUGAUUUUGUUCACUA